AUGUCUGGCGCUCCUCCCCCCUCAUACUCAGAUACUCAGGCAACUGCUUCGACAACUAGUAAUCGUUCAUUACCUGAGAUCCCACCUCGCUAUCAAGUCGGUCCCAAGGUUCUUUCAGAGCCUUUUGUAAACUCUGGGCAUCUCAAGACCCAUCUGAGUCUGCUCGAUGCAUUCUUCAAUCUGAGAAAGACGGUCGAACAAGGAACCCGGCUGAAUGUGCCGUGGAUUGAACCGUUGAAUGCAGAACAGAAGUGGGCGUGGUUUGUGACGUUGGCAGUCGAACGAUUCCAAAGAUGGACUGCCAUUAUGAUGCCCGACGAGCCUAGGAGAUGGGCAGCAAACGAAUGUCCCCCUUUAGAUGUGUGGAUGGUGUGGCACUCGUACUUGCUUAACCCUCGCGUAUACGCGGAAGAUUGUACUAGGGUGCCUGCUAUGCGGAGCUUCGCACUGCUAGAGCCCGGUCAUUUCUUUGAUGCUUUGACGGCGUUGGGCGACAUAAGCGCAUACAGGCCAUCUGAAAGUCGCGCGAGGUCAUGGUUGUCGCAAACCCGUACUGAAUGGGAUCCUUUUGACUCGGCCUCAAGCACGACGAACCAAGAACUACGUUGUCCACAGUGCCGCUCCAAGGUUAUUGCUCCGUACAUCACAGAUAGUGGAACUGGUUAUGCACAACAGGGCUUCAGCGUUCAAUGUCUCGCAUGUGGAAUGUCAAUCACGAAGGAGAAGCUCGCCACAGCAAAGUUCUGCACGGAUCUUGCAUAUGACAUGGAUGCGCAGGAGUACGUUGGAAGUGACACAGCCUUUCUUGCAAACACUCUGCGUACUCCCGAACACGCGGUCGACCAGGUGCGUGCCAAACGAAUCAAGCAAAUGAUUCUUCUGGCACCAUCCUUUGCGCCACGUAGGAUCAGACACGGGAUCAAAGUGGUAGGAGUGAAUCUGAAGGCUGAGGAAAUGGCUGCGAACGUAGCGUGGAGCAUGACAUAUAUACGAGACUUACCCGUUCAUAACAAGAAGAUGUUACGCCGUGUCUUAUCGGCAUAUACUGACCAGAGGCCGUUUUCCAUCGACCUUGUCGGAGCGGUCCUGCGUCAGGGAUCGUUUGUUCAGAAGAUGUAUGAUCUGGGCUGGACUUCUCCCGGAUUUUUCGACAAGGUGGAGGAUGAAGUCGCAUUGAAACAUGCCGUCGUGCGGUAUCACGCCUUUCUCGAUAUGAUGGCUUCUUCUCCUGGCUCUUUCUAUGUACCGACUCUUGACAUCGACCUUGCUUGGCACAGCCAUCAAUUGACGGCGCAACAAUACCAGCACGACUGCAAAGCCACUGUCGGGAGAUACGUGGACCAUGAUGACAAGGUUGAGGAAGGUCACCUCUCUAAUGCCUUCGACUUGACAUGUCGUGCGUGGAAUGCUCGCUAUAACGUACCGUACAUGCAUUGUGGAUGUCCCCUUCCAGGAGACUCCAUCGGUCAGAAACUCUCUCGAUUGGUCUCCAAGAUCGAAUCACGCAGCUAUCCAUCCUCCGCCCUCGACCCGCCAGAGGAGCACCCUUACCUUCUCGCGGCGACUCAUCCCUCCGACCACAACGGUGUGGCAGUCGAGGGAUUGCCCCAUGUCAACUACAACCAACAACGACGUGCGCGUGAGGCCAAGCUUCAGAAGCGACGCGAACGCGAUGCCCAGAAGGUGGAAAAGGGAAAGAUAGAUCGAGCUGCGUAUGAGCGAGGGCGGGACCACUACCCCGCGUUCCUGAUACCCGUCCCAAUAUUUUUCCCUGCGUAUGGAGUAGGUGGUUGUGUGGCAGCGGGCGGUGGUUGGAUUAAUUCUGGAGGAGGAUGUGGUGGCAUUGGAAGUUGUGCAGCGGGAACUGGCGCUAUGUGUGGUGGUACUGCAGGAGGAGGAGGAGGAGGUUGUGCUGGCGGAGGCGGCGGAUGUGGAGGAGGUGCAAGCGGCGGUGGGUGUGGAGGAGGGGGAGGUGGCGGUGGAUGCGGUGGCGGCGGUGGAGGUGGUUGCGGCGGAGGGGGCGGUGGAGGGGGAGGGGGUGGUUGUGGUGGGGGCUGAGAAAUGCGGAGUAGUUUGA